CAGAUUCCCUCCCUUCUCUCCUGCCGAGGCCUCCCCCCCAACAGUCUCUCGCUUCGAGAAUCUCCUGAUCUGCGGCCAAGCCCUCCUCCACCUAUACUUGGUCAGUCUACAGACCGUCAGCAUCAAGAUGGCUGGCAGAUAAUCACAAUCACGGAGCAGCCCCGCCUUCCAACAUGACGUCGGCAGAGACCUUUCGAGCGAGAGAGGUCUACAGGUACUACCAACCGAAGGAUCCAGCAGCUAUCCCCAAGACCGCUCCUCCCAGUCUCGAGCGAGACUUCGCGAACCAUGUCCUCCCACACGCAGACAACUUUACCACCCAGCAGUCCUUCUCCGAUACUGCCCUUACUGCCUUCACGCAGCUCAUCGCCCUUCGCUUGGCCUCCCAGCGAGCCAUUGUUUCCCUCAUUGACCACGAGAACGAAUACUUCCUGGCCGAGUCCACAAGCACACUGAGCCUUAUUGACGAUGAGGGGCCGGCACAAAAUGCGUGGCUAUCCAUCAGUGGAGCGAGAGUACCGCGGGAGAAAUCGCUGUGCGAGCAGACUUUGCGCUUGGUACCAAACCAAGAUACAACGGCGGAGAUGACUCCGUGGUUCUUAGUCCCUGAUCUACGGCUCGAUGAGAAGAUGAGCAAGCUUGAUUGCGUGAGGGGACCGCCUUAUCUGAGGUUCUACUGUGGUGUCGCCUUGACGAACAAGAAGGGAAUCAAUAUUGGUUGUGUUUACGUUGUCGACGACAGAGCCCGCACCGAUUUCAGUCUCGAGCAAGCUCAAUUCUUGACCAAGAUGGCUGCUACUGUCAUGGAUCACUUGGAAAACAUCAGAGCAAAAGAAGAUAUUGUCAGGGUAACGAUGAUGAGCCAAGCUCUGCACGCAUUCAUCGAGGGGGAUGGCACAAUGAAUGGCGAUUGGCAGCGUCUCAAGAGAUACAAUCUUCCAGCCGGGGCGGGGAUUGGAUUUCACUGGGAGAGCAACAAAAACGAUGGCGCUGGCAGCUAUGUCAACGGGAAGAAGGAGCUGGGCUCCCCUGAGCACCAUCUAUCACCAGACCUGGAGGCGAAUCACGGGCAGUCACCGCUGCAACAUACAGGCACGAAUCUUAACCCCAGAUACAAUUUCAACAACUCCCCAUGGAGCUCAUCUGAAGAGGUCCCGCAGGUUCCGCUCAAGUCAGUCUUCGACGGAGUCGAGGACGCCGCUGCUGCUCUGACUGGGGGCCGAGACACCGAAUUUAUAAACAGUGGUUUCGCUAACCUCCUGCACACUACCUUUUCUCGCGCGUCUAAUCUAGUCAGAGAGGGAAUGGAGGUGGAUGGGGCAGUCUUCUUCGAUGCCCCAUUCAAAUUUUAUCAAGGCCGCAGUACACUCGAGACAGACACUCGACGCUCCGGUAACCAAGAGUCAGAAAGCUCAAAUGAGAGCGAGGACGAUGAACACCCGGACGCUCGACCUGGCCCUAGUCCCCAUGUCUUACCGGCAAGUCACCACCAGUCACGUCCUUCUAGCCGUACAAGUCUCUCAGGGUCACGAGCAUCAUCCAGCAUCGCAACAUCAAUGGGGCUCAAAUCAGAAAUACUGGGGUAUUCAACUCUCAACUCGUCCUCCUGGAACAAUCAGACCAACAGCCAAAUAACCAACUUCACUGCCAUUGACCAGAGUCUCUUGACCUCUCUGGUGAGACGGUAUCCGCAAGGCGAGCUGUUCGUUUUCAAUCAGGAUGGACCAAUUGCGCCUCUUCCAGAGGCUACUGCCGAUGAUGGGUCUCAGGCAACCAUCACAUCAGCGGCGGACGAGAAGCAAGUCCGCCAUACGGCACGGAAAAGAGCGGAGAUUCUCCGACUGCUAAUUGCCUUUCCAGGAUCGAGGCAGAUCUUCUUCGUUCCUCUCUAUGAUUCAACAUCAGGCUGCUUCAUCGGAUCCUUCGCUUGGUCCACCUCGGCAACUCGCAUAUUCUCCACCGACAACCAUUUAUCGUACCUCAUUGCUUUCGGCCACAGUGUCAUGUCGGAAGUCAGCCGACUCAACACUCUGAGUGCAGAUAAUGCAAAGGGUGACUUCAUCAGCAAUGUCAGUCACGAGCUGAGAAGCCCACUCCAUGGUAUUCUUGCAAGUGUGGAAUUCCUGGCAGACACUGCCCUAGAUGGAUUCCAGAGAAACUUAGUCGACACGGUGGACAUCUGUGGUCGCACUCUACUGGACACCAUUGAGCAUGUGCUAGAUUUCUCAAAGAUCAAGAAGUUUGGACAGGAGACAGUUCAGCCGAUGGGUGUUGUCUCGGAUCUUGAUAUUUCAGCCGUGAUCGAAGAAGUUCUCGAGGGCGUGCAUGCUGGCUUUGAGUUCAAUGGCCUGUCCUCGCAAGGUCUUGCGGAUACUACCAAGAGUCGGAGGGCUGUUCCUUCGUCACCGAAGGAGACAGACUUGCCCGAUGGACUUCAGUUUGGUGUGAGUAAUGAGCUACUCAUGGUAAUUAUCGAUAUAGACUUCAGGGACUCGUGGAAAUUCCCGACUGUUCCAGGAACCUGGAGACGUCUAACAAUGAACAUCUUCGGCAACGCGUUGAAGUACACUCACUCUGGCUAUAUCAGAAUCAAGCUGGAGGCGCGAGCUAUUUCUUCCGUGGUUUCUGCUAUUGACAACAAUCCAACUGAAAGAACGAUGGUGACCUUGACCAUAUCUGACACAGGGCGAGGAAUGUCCAGUGAUUUCCUAAAGACGAAAGUGUUCAUGCCUUUCACACAGGAGGAUGUUACUGCUCCAGGGACAGGUCUAGGUAUGAGCAUUGUAAAGCAAAUUGUGGACUUAUCGGGAGGAAGAAUCGACAUUCGAAGUGACCUGGGCAAGGGUACGGAAAUUAGAUUGAGUUUGCCGCUGGAGAAUUGCCAUCCAGAUCAAGAAGCUGUGCAUAACAAACGAGAUUCACGUAUCAAACUUGAAGAGCCUGUCGAGGCUGUGCGCCGUCGUGCUAAAGGUCGAACCGUUACCAUUCGCGGGUUUGACGAUACCUUGGGAAGCCAUCCUCCCCUUCAAUUAACGGCUCUGGCUGGCUUGAAGGCAUCAAUCGAGAAAUACGUCACGGAAUGGUUCGGACUUGAAAUCGUUCCUGCAGGAAAGACGCCUGAUAUCGUGAUCUCAGACGAGUCGAUCUUCCGGCAUUCAACAGUCGCAGAAAGCAGCUUCCGGUCUCUAAUAAUCCUCUGCAGCAACGGCGCCAGAAGAAACAUAUCUUCUGGUAGACUCGGGAUGGGACAGACACUUGAAUUCGCCAGCAAACCAUGCGGGCCUCACCGUCUAGCAAAGGCAUUGUUAAAUUGCUUGGAUGCUGAAGAUGCCUCACCAAUAGCGACACCAGAAGACAAGGUAAGUCUCCAAGGGCCGCAUGACGGAGUGGUCUCGUCAAAAGAUGCCACGCUGGUGACUGCAGGUACUAGUAGCAAUGCCAGGCUGAUCGGUGAUUUGCAGUCAUCUAUCGGGUUCUCGCCAACUGCCAUUAAUAUCAUCAGUUUACCGGCAUCGCAUACGAGAAGUGCAAUAACUAACACCUCGCGGCGACCCUCGAUGGCGAAGCGGGGCAUCUCCAGUACCUCCAUCGCCUCCAACGCUUCUCACUCUUCGCAGAAGCUGGAUGAUUUCACACGGAGUUCGCCAACCAACUUUAGCACGGAACCGAGUUCGGUCAAUUCUCUCAGCCUGAUAAACUCCGCUGAGAAGAUCGAUCCCAGAAUUAGAUCGCUUUCAAACGAGGUGGUGAGCCCAGUGCGGACACCAAAGAUGCUCUUGGUCGAGGACAAUCCCGUCAACAUGAUGCUCCUAGCAACAUACAUGAAAAAGAACAAAUGGGACUUUGAGAAAGCUGAGAACGGGCUAUUAGCUCUACAGGCCUUCCAAAGGAGGCCGGAAGGUUUCGAUGUCAUCUUCAUGGAUGUCUCUAUGCCAAUAAUGACAGGCUACGAAUCAACGCGGCACAUCCGCAGCGUCGAAAUCGAGCGCCAGCUCGCAUACGACCACCAGAACCUCAUCCAAUCCCCCUACCUCUCUUCCCUCACAUCCAAUGCCAAUUCAACCUCGUUCCCCUUCCACGGUCCCGCUACCCCUUUCUCCCACAACCAAAACCUCUCCAUCUCCUCCACCUCCUCCUCCACCUCAAAAGCCUCCUCUAACUCAAACAGCAAUUCGCCAUCAGCAUUCGAGCCGAGCGCGAUAGAUCUGCAUCUCCAGGCCCCGAGAUUGAAGCUCAAUGCUCCGAGCUUGAUCAUCGCACUCACGGGCUUUAGCAGUCGGAAGGAUCAGGAGAUGGCGUUUGAGGCGGGCGUGGACAUUUUCAUGACGAAGCCGGUGAGGUUUCGGGAGGUGGGCAGGAUUUUGGAGGGCUGGGUGAAGAGUAGGGACAAGGAACAGGAGACGCUGGGAAGCUCGCGUGAGAAGGGGGUCUUGGAUGAACAGGCGAAUGGGGCGAAGAGGAGUGGCUAGGUAUAAAAAUUGAAUUGCGAUGGGAUAGAAGAAUUUCGAGGCGUUGGGGGGUAGCGUGCAUUUGCGAAUGGGAGUCUGGAGUGAGAGAGAAUUC